AGAUGAGGGAAAGAAGAACAGAAGUGAGAAUGAAAGUAAGAAUGAGGAGCAAAAGAGAGAAAAUAUGGAAGAUGCAUUGAUGAAAAAAGAGGAGGAAGACAGCAGAUAGAUGAAGAAAUAAAAAAGGAAAAAAAUGACAAAGAACAGGAUGAAGGAAAUAUAGAAAAAAUAGAAGAGGUCAGAGAAGAAGUGAAGGAAGAGUAGAAAAAAAUGACGAAAAACUAUUUAACAACCGAUGAUAACUGAAUCGACUGAGGAAAUGUUUGUUUUGGGUUAUAGCUUUUCAUUUUAGUUGUACUGCGGUGACUGUGCCAGCCAGUAAUUUUAACCAAAAAUUUGUCUAACUAACCAAUUUUUAAAAAGUAUAAGAUUAGCUAAAGUAACACAAGUCAUAUUACUCAUAUUGAAUGAAAGAAACAAAAAUAAAAUAUGGCAUCCACAUCUAAAAAGCAAGGCAGUGGUGCUAUCCGUAAGAGGAAUACGAAAAAAAUUGAACUAACAGAUGAGAAGGAAGCAGAUAUAAAAGAAGCUUUUGAUUUGUUUGAUCCGGAUAGCACUGGAAAAAUUGCCACUAAGGAGCUUAAAGUUGCCAUUAGGGCGCUAGGAAUUGAACCAACAAAAGAGGAAUUGAAGAGACUCACAGCAGAUGUUGAUCCAGAGAACACUGGCAAAUUUUCUUACGAAGAUUUCUUGAAUAUAAUGACAGUGAAAAUGUCAGAGAAAGAUAUGAAAGAAGAUGUAUUAAGAGCUUUCCGUCUUUUCGAUGAUGAUGAUACAGGAAAGAUAUCUUUUAAAAAUUUGAAGAGAGUUGCUCAAGAAUUGGGAGAGGAUCUGACAGAUGAGGAAAUACAAGAAAUGAUUGAUGAGGCAGAUAAAGAUGGCGAUGGAGAGAUAUCACAAGAGGAAUUUUUGAGAAUCAUGAAAAAAGCAUGUUUAUAUUAAGUUAUUAAAUAAGAUAUUACUAUAAUCUUAUAUCACAUUAAGCAUAAUUUAUUAAAUACUAUUUAUUAAAUUAAAUAUGUGUAAAGUUAUUUUUUAUAAAUGGUGUAUUUGUGUGAACAUUUAAUAAUGUGCUAUUAAGGUGUGAAAAAAUAAUAAAAAU